AUGGUCUCAAUGGCAAUUCUUGAUCAAUCACUAGGCGAUCUACGUCGGGAAAUAACGGAUUUGAAACAGAUUGACCGUGUGGAAGACUAUGAUACGAAAAGAUUGAGUUCGAUCAUAAAUCUCUCAAGAGAAUCGUUGAAGGAAACGGAGAAAUUCCAACAACAGAUUCUCAAUCAAUUGCAACAAUUCGAAAUCUCAUUAGCGGAUAUUAAUGAUAUUCUGCGAGCGAAUGUACAACGUAAAAUACAACUUGAACAGCAACAGAAACAACAAUCAGGUGAUGAUCUGGAAAUACGAGCGAAACUCAUGGCCUUGAAUGCUGAAACAUUGGAAUGUCGUGCAGCAGCAAUUCAACUUCAACAAGAAGCAAGGAGAGUAUUGAGUAGAGCGGCUGAAAUUGAUAAACUUGCCAAUGAUGAGCUGACACAACAAGCAUUGGAGAGAAAAAUGAAACAGCAGGAAAUCGAACGAAACCGUGCUGCAGAACUAGAAAGACGAGUGAAAUUAGAAGAAGAGCGAAAGCGACUUAAAGAAUUACAACAGCAGCAAGAAUCUAUAUUAGCCAUGGUGAAUAAACCGAUAGUUGAAAAUGAAUAUGCCAAUUGGUCUAUUCGUGAAUUUAUGCACGCUGAUGAAAGUCCACCUUGUAUCAUUCGAACUUCACCAGAGAACUGCUCAAUACCGAUCGAUGUAACAUACGUGCCUGUGUCCGAAACUGAAUAUCUUCUCGAUAAACAAGAAGAAUUGAUUAGCACACCACUGAGAGUUAAGUUCAAUUCGAUAACAUCGAAUCAACCGUUUAUCCUCGUGGCUAUCCCAUACAUUAUCAAACGAUCACCCCAUCGUGAAAAUGUCAUUAAGAUCCGUCAGUCCAAUGGUUUAUGGAUAUCGAUUGAUACAAAUGAACCUCAAUUUGAUUCGCAUAAGGAAAAGCACUUUGUGGAAUGUAGACUGAUUAAACCUGUGGCAUGCGCAGUAGUCUCACGUUUGAAGCGCGACCGAGUUCUGAUUAGAACUCAUUCAUCAGGUCGAUAUUCAUCUACUGCUGAUGCGCGUUUUACAUUUGAAUGGCCAAAACAUGUCUCCGAAAAUAAUAUUCAUCUUCAAACUUGCAUUCAACCUGUUGACAUACCUGCAUUUGCACAAUUCUGUGAACAAUACAAACAUGAGUGUCGAGGUCUGUUAGCGGUGGGUCCAAUUAUCGAACUUACAUCCGUUGAUGCGUCAUUGAUCAAACCAAUUCAAUUCACACUGCCCAUCUUAGUUCAGCCUAAAAAGAAAGCUGUUCAACCAAAAGUUGUCGAGCCGGCAACAACAGAUUCAGGAACCAUUUCUCAUGAAUUACAACAAGAGUUUAUCAUUCAGCAACAGCAAUUGAUUUUUAAGAGUAUGCUUGGCGAAGACCUGAGCAACGAACGACUUGUUUUACUGUAUUCGAAUUCAAAUUCAAACGAAAAUCUUUGGACUAUUGAUACCGAUCUUCGUGUUGUUGCUGGCAAAGUUCCUGACGUAGUUACUGUUGAUAUGCAGUCGCUUCAUACACGAAUGAUUGUCGCUCGAUAUGAUAAACAAUUGAUGUCAGCGAAGCAAUUACAAACUGCAGUCUACCUAUUCGAACAAACAUUGAAUCAGCGUACAGCUACGCUGAUGCUUCGUCAUCGUUCAUCGAAUCCGAAUGAAAUCUGUCUAGUGUGUUGUUCAAGUCAACGAAGAGGAAUGGUCACUGAUGAGAUUCAACAAGAAAAUUAUUCAAAUCGUGAUGAACAAAUCAAAGAAAUUACCCUUCAAGAAGGUCAAUUGUUAGAAUUGCGUUUUCGUGGAAAUGUUUUGCCCACUAACCAUGUUCAGCAAACCAUUCCAUUUGCAUUUAAUACGAAUUUUCCGUUCUAUUUCGAAACAAAUGUAUCCGAAAGAGACAAGUAUUCUCAGCAUUUAUCAACAUAUUUUUAUGGACAUAUACAAAUCUAUUCGAAACAAAAAGCGUCGAGAUCGUCAAUGAAAGAGAUCGAAAAGAAGAAGCAGCAGCUAUCUGUCGAUAUGAUUAAACAAGAUUGGCCAGAAACAGAUACUUGUCUAACAGAAAUACUUUUGAGUUUACCAAAACCACCGGAGACAGUUCGAACACCAAUUGAAAAGGCAUUAACAACAUUUUCUGGCGAAGGUAUUUUAACAUCCGCACUCUUUCGUGACAUGUCGGCGAACUUAGCGGAUGGCGAAUGGCGUCGGUUAGCGAAUUGCUUAGGCAUGACUCGUAUGCGUAUUGAAGCCAUUGAGCGCGAUUAUCGUUACGAUGCACCAUAUUACAUGUUAUUAACAUGGUUUAAACGUGUUUCACGUUCGUCGGAUAAGGUAUCCGCGUUAACCCACGCAUUGGUGAACAUAAAACGUUGGGAUUUAGCACAAGAAUUACAAACAAUCAAAAAUACGAAACGUUUAGAUCAGAAUGCUUUGUCUAAAGACGAGCAAUUGAAGAUGUGCCGAGCUUUCUUCAAUCGUAUUUGUCAGCGCGAGGAAUGUGUACGAAUUUGGAAACAAUUAGCAAGAGAACUAGCACUAACGAAUGAUGAUAUCAUACAAAUUGAACGAUCGUAUCCGUCGAAACACGAACGAUGUUUACGAUGCUUAGAACAGUGGGCUUCCAAUCAAACAAGAAUAGAUAUUUUGUUUUUAGCGAAAGUUAUUCGAAUGCUUGGCUUUAAGCCUCUUGCUCGUGAAAUCGAAAGUAUGGCUUAG